AUGCAGAUGAUGAAGGAGCAGAUGGACUUCAUUAUGAACGCCCUCAGAGGAUGGGUGUCAAACGACCUCGACGAGUUAGUCCACCAGAUGGACUCGCCUUUUACUACACCCGUCACUUCAUUCCACCUUUCACCGAAGUUCUGUAUGCCACAAGUAGAAGCCUACGAUGGGUCAAAGGAUCCCUUAGAUCACCUAGAGUCCUUUAAAACCCUUAUACACUUACAAGGCGUGGCGGAUGAGAUCAUGUGUCUAGCCUUCCUGACUACGCUGAAGGGUCCUGCAAGGGUAUGGUUCAAUAGGUUAACACCCAACUCCAUCAGUAUCUCCAAGGAGCUGAGCAUGAAAUUUGCCUCACACUUUAUCAGGGGGCACAAGUAUAAGAAGUCCAUUUCGUACCUAAUGAGCAUCAAGCAACGGGAGGAUGAGAUGCUGAAAUCCUACAUAACCUGCUUCAAUAAGGAAGCUCUCUCAAUAGACAAAAUUGAUGACAAGAUACUUGUUGCUGUCUUUACCAAUGGAUUGCAGAAGGGAAAGUUUUUGUUCUCUCUAUACAAAAAUGACCCAAAGACCAUGUCAGAUGUGUUUUAUCAAGCCACCAAGUACAUGAAUGCAAGGGAUGCACUACUGGCCCGAGAGGAAAAACCCAAGACGAGGGAAAGGCAAGAAGAUGCGCGACAAGAUAAAGGGUGA